GGUAGAUAUUUGUGCAGCCGCCAGUGAUCUAUGGCCUACCCACCACUGCCGCUAUGUAUGUUCUUGUCUCAAGGUGGGUACGGGUAACCCCCAGCGAAUAGAAGCCGCAGCUGCCACGUGGCAAGAGAUUAUGAACCGUGGUAGUCUUAUCCGCUCUGCCUCCCCUCUUCUUUCUCUCUCUCCUCCAGCAGGUACAGCCGGAGGAGCACCACCAACGCGAUCAGCGGCAGGAGCAGCACGACCACCACGAACUCGAUUGGCGGCAGCUAUGGGACGAGGGGAGGAGGCGGUAGAGACAUCGGACAGGGGAGCGAUGGAGGGGGAGAGUGACGACCAAUCACCUGCCACCGAUCUUCUGGAGCAGCGCAUCUUCAGGCCUGAGGAAAUGCUCCUUACGAUGAAGAGGCAGAAACCAAGAAACUGGCACUGCUUGUGGAAGGGCUGGGAUCUGCAUACAGGCCAGCAAUUGUACCACGUUCGCCAUAUCCGAAGCUUCUUUACCUUGCAAACUCCAUCGCCAUCGCCAUCGCCUUCGCCAUCGCCAUCGCCAUCCUCGUCGAGUGGUGAUGUGGCAAGCCAAUCGAAGCUCAUCCACCUGAACACACUUUUCGAGGCAAGUCAGAAUUUCACGGCCGGUCUCGGUGGCCAAUGGGAGGUGAUGCUGGCACCAGGAGGAGAGUCGCUCAUGCAUACUCACUUCCCUUCGGCCAAACUAUACGUUCUGCCCAACAGAAUAAUGGCGGUAAAUGGUCCUUUUCAAUUGGAUAAGCCACGUGGCAGCCAAUCAGAUGGGCGAAGCAAUGGCGAUGGGCCUCGUCGGGACCUGGAGGAAGAGCUGCAUGAGAAUGCAGUAGGUGCCGGUAAUCAGGCAGCCACAGACCCUCCUCCUCCUCCUCCUCCUGCUGCUGCUGCUGCUGCUGUGAGUGAUGCGACCAAAGUCAUAGGCGUAGAGCUCAACCUUGUUCGAGGAGACCAUAGGCUCGCUCUUGUCGUCGUGUAUGUGGAUGGCAUUUGGAAUCGCGUAUUGUUUGGACGAGAGACUCAUCGGGAUACCAGGGCUGAGUUUGUGGAGCCCAGCUUGCCCACAGCAGAGGAGGAGGAGAAUGGAGAACACGGCCCAUGGACAUGCCUCGACAACGAGUCCAUUUCCAUAGCUGAGGUCCAUGAACUGCCUAUCAACCGGAGGGGGAAAGCGAAGGAGGAGGUCUGCUUGGAGCCGGGGUUCGUCUUGACUCAUAGAACGUCGGGAUCCCGACGUGAAGCCAUAUCAGCAUCGUCAGCAGACGAGCCACGUGGUGAGGAGAGGGACUACCCUGAGCAUGCCUGUGCAGAGAAGGGCCAUGGCGGGGCAAUCACGGGCGGUAAGGAUAGAUUCCACGUGGAUGAACAAGGAGGAGAAGCAGGAGGAGGAGGAGGAGGGGGAGGGGGAGACACCACGUGGAAGGUCGUUCAGCUGCCGGACAACGCGGCCGUAUAUGCUCCUGCCACGUAUUCCAUGAAUGGCGGGAAACCUUUAGACAUCCUCGUUGAGUGGAUGUUGCCCAAUGUGCCAUCGCCAUCUUCUUCCUCCGGCCCCCAAUCUCCCUCUUCCUCUCCCUCCCCCUUCCCCUCCCCCUCUGCUGCCAUCGCCGGCCAUGGCGCUGAGGUGGACACUCUCCUGCUGAAUAUCGGGGCAAAUGGGAAGUACCAAAGAAUUCGCAGGGCCUCCUACGUCAUUCCCGCUGCGUCCUAGUCUUUUUGUCCUUUCUCUUUCUGUUUGUUGUUUGUGUUUUUUUUUUUUUCCCCGACUCGUUCUCCUGCUGUCCUGGUUCUUUUGCUUCGUGCAUGUCAUGCUUGUAAAGCGAGCAUCCUCUGUUUUUAUAUAUAUAUAUUUUAUUAUUAUUUUUUUUAUUAUAAAGCGAGCAUCCUUAUCUUCCUUCUCUCUAUCGUUUCAAACUUUGAAGCCUUAGGAUUUCCCGAAGAACUCCUCCUUUCUCUUCACCGAAUUUUGAUUCCAACUUUUCGUAUUUUGCGUUCGCUUUAUCUUAGAUAAGAUAAAACGACAAAUGCCAG